GAGGCAGCGGCGGCGGCGAGCAUCAGCCCGCCAUCUCCUUGCGCUUGAACAAGCGCGAGAAGUCCUGGAGGGCCACCACGGGAGCAUGGCGAAGAAGUCGUGGGGCUGGGACCGCCAGAACGCCUGGGACAACAGCCAGAAGCAAUGGAACGACAGCCACGACUACACUAGCUGUGCUACGUGGGGGUGCAAGGGCUGGGUGCACGACGCCAUCUGGGGGCCAGGCUUCCAGUGCAGACAGUGCAAGGCCACCUUCCGCAAGCCGCAGAGCAUCAAGAAGGCAGAGUAUGCAUCGAGUGCUUCCCAGGACGGCAAGGGCCAGGCGAAAGCUCACCAGCGAGGCGGACAGGACGCCGAGAAGAAGGAGCUCUCAAAGGCCCUGGUCCUGAUCGCGGAGAAGAUCGGCACCAUGAAGCUCGAUGGCGGAGGACAGCUCGAGACGCAGAUGAAGGGACUGGCCCAGCAGAUAGCGACCGAGCCGCCACCCAAGCAGAAGUCCAGGCCCGAGAGGCUGGCGGAGGCGGCGGAGGCGCUACGGAUCGCCAACAAGCGCUUCACCGCGGUGGCGGCCGAGGUCAAGAAGCAAAGGGCAUGGCUUCGCGAGCUCGAGGACAAGAUGAGCGACAUGGCCGCCAGCGUCGUCGAGAAGGAAGCCACUCUGGAGGCCGUCCACGCGGAGGGCAAAGAGGCCAAGCCGCAGAGCUUCAUGCAGCAGCUGAUCAGCCAGACCCCAGAGGAGAUGGCGCUAGAGGGCCUCAUCGACCUGGAGAAGGAGAUGGAGCUGGAGGACGCAGAGGUGGACGAGGCGGCACGCCAGGAGGUCGCCGAGGCCAAGAAAAAGGUGCUCGCCGACUUGAAGGAGGGCGCCAAGUCAUACGCACACCAGCUGCAGGAGCACAUCAGGAAGGCCAAGGAGGCGGCAGCACGCAACAAGGAGACCAUCGAGCAGGACGCGAAGAAGAGGAAGGUCGAAGCGCGGCGGCAGGACGAGGCGGCUUCAAUGGGGGCAGCAGCGAGUUCUCCAGCCACGGCGCCAGCAGCACCCAAUGAGGCAGCAGAGAUGGCGGUAGAAGAAGACGAAGAUGCUGACCUGGAGGAAGAGGUGCUCGCCAAGGCCAGGACCGACAAGGGCGUCAGGCAAAUCUUCGUCGGCAACAUCACGACGUGGGGCCCUACUGUGGAGUCGUGGCUUCGGGACCAGCACCUGAGGAUCGACGGCAACAAGCACAGUGGGCAGGGAUUCGACACGUACCUGAUCCAGGAGACUCAUCUCCGCCACCACCAGUUGGAGGAGAAGGAGGCACUCCUGAACAAGUGGGGUCUGAAGAUGGAGGACUGGACCGCGAUGACGUGGCACCUCAAGGGCUACAACCUCGUGGUCAUUUCCCUGUAUCUGAGGUGCGACCACCCGCUGAAGGAGGGCGCCAAUGCGAGGCGAUUGGCGGAAGUGGCGAGGUUCACCAAGGCGCUGCGCACGCCAUGGAUUACCGCAGGGGACUUCAACGUCAGCCCGACCAGGUUCGCGGCGGAGGGCUUCUGCGACUACCUGGGCGACGCGCGCAUCUACGCCAUGCCAGGCAACGCGCCGACCUGCUACAAGGCCGACGCGGGGCCAUCUCUCAUCGACUUUGUGCUAGCGAGCCCCGAGGCGUGCAGGCACAUCAUCCAGCUCGAGGCGGUGGCAGAGGUCAGCUGGAAGCCGCAUAUCGGCCAGAAGCUAACCCUCAAGGCACAACUCGAGUUCAACAUCACCAGGGUGCUGAAGAUGCCACAGGCGUUCUGCCACCCGAAGCGAGACAUGCGGAAGAAGCCCAACCCAGAGAGCAAGGCGGCUGGCCAGGUGCAAGGUAGCAGCCAAUGGGAGGACGUCGACGCAGGCGACAGUGACUUGGAGGAGGCGGUCACAGUCAACACGAAGCAGACGAGGGAGCUUGACACCAUCGCGAUGCACGGCGUGUGGGGCAAGUACUACGAGAUGCGGCACGACUCUGAUAAGGUGGCCGCGCCGGCGUACAUCAGCCGCUCGGCUGCGUUCCAGGCGACAGAGAAGCAGGCGAACUCGUUAGGGAAGCAGUACCACCACCUCGUCGCCACCAUGGAGUGCUUCUACUGCGACGUGUACGACAUCGACGCGAAGGACCAGAGGAGGUACAAAGGAAGAGGCGAAGGAUUCGAGUUCGAGGAGAAGGCAAUCAGAGAGUCAGGAGCAAGGCGGGUCACCUACACCAACAGGAGAACGAACUGGUGGAGCAGGAUGGCAACGGCACUUGACACGUACGCGAAGCUUAGACACAGGCAAAAGGGAGAGGACCAGCUCAACCAGCUUGAGGAGUGCUGCAGGAGGCUAGGCCAGGAGGGAGUCCCAUCAGCGGGACGACAGGCCUCCAAGACGGCCAGGCUACACCGCAAAGUCUGGAGCCAACGCAUCAGGCAGAUCAACAAGGUGGAGACCAGCGUGCUGGACGGGAUGGUGCAGCAGGCCAAGCUGGAAGCGCGCAUAGCGUUGAAGGAGGACUUGCGAAGAGGAGCGAAGGAGUACGCGCUGUGGUUGGCCAACAUGGAAGCCAACGCCCCUGGCGCGCUACACAAGAUCACCAAGCCCAAGCGCAGGCAUGAGGACGAGUACAUCAAGGCUGGGAGGAAGGCCACGAACCCCAAGGAGAGUGUCGACCUGAAGGCGGAGGACUUCGAGGAAAUGUGGAACCACGAGAGGUCGCACGAAGAUGCAGUGGAGGUGAUCAACAUGCUCAGGAACAAGGCAAAGGAGGAGCCCACCCCGAGAUGGACCUUGGAAGAGUUCGACGAGGUCAUCCGCGGUAUCCCCAACAAGGGCAAGGGCACAGACAUGAUGAACAUGGACGACGUCAAGCGGCUACCAGAACGAGGUAGACAAGCAUUCAUAGACAUGUACAACAGGUGCGAGGAGGAGGUAGCGUGGCCAUGGCAGACGUUGCAGGCGAUGGUCACGUUGCAGCCGAAGGACGCGGAAAGGUUAGACGAGACGGCGCUCACAG